AUGAAGGUCGAUUACUUCGAAGUGACCUUAGAUAAGGGUAUCGAUGAGCCGUAUCUGGGCGGUGAUCCGAUCAAAGGUAUCAUUGAGAUGGUGUGCUCGAAACAAGUCAGGAUUAAUGGGCUGAUUGUCAGGUUGACCGGUGUCGCGGAGACAGGUUGGCGAAGCAGGCAGGACGAUCUACCCUACGAGAGCCGACACACAUUUAUGGAUGAGCAGAUUGACCUGACAACAACGAUCGCGGAACACUGCACCGACGAGUUCGAACUACACGAAGGGAAACAUAGUGUGGAAUUUGAAGGCCGGAUACCCCUCGACGUGUUAUCAUCGGUGGAACGAGAGAAUCAUGGAAGUAUACGGUAUAUGUGCACCGCUUUGAUGGCUAUACCAGAGGAUGGCGACACGGAGGUGGUGUCAGAAAAAACGUUCAAAGUGUUCUCAUUACUCAAUCUAGACGCACCAUAUCUACACGAUAAGUCACAUGUCACGGAGGAGGAGGAAGUAACCGGUUGUUGUGGUCGACGGAAAGGCGCAAUCAUCGCAACAAUGCAAAUCGAACAAAUCGGAGUGAUGCCUGGAAUGACUUCGAAAAUCAGUCUGACGGUGGAGAAUAAGACGAAAAAACGGAAAAAAUGGAUGAGAAAGAAAGAAAACCAUGAAUGCGUGCUACUCUCUCUGUGUCAACAACUGGAUUUCGUCGCUGUGAACAGGAAUGAUCCAAUGAUGAUCGAUAGGAAGUCUAUUACGAUAGCAGUCGAGUCACAUGGAACAUGCAAAACAAAAGCGGGCGCCGGUCCCCAGACGAAAGAAAUCGAAUUCAGUGUGCCGCCUAACCUGCCGCCAACUUCCAUCCACGCGAAUCGUCUCGUUACAGUAUCCUAUUUUUUCAAAUUAGAUUUGGAUCAUUUCGAUUUGGUUCUACCGGUUAUAGUGGGCAGUUCGAAGAGUGUUCCCGGAUCUGUUAAAUAG